AUGCCAUUACACAGCCUCCCCGUUGAGGUACUUCAUAUCAUCCUUCAUUUUGUCGGCAGUGAAUCCCUCCGAAAACACGAAGCCUGCUGUUUACUAGUAUCUAAAUGGUGGUGCAAGCUUGCAGAGCCUGUUUUGCUCAAAGACCUGGUUCUCAAUGCCAACCGGCUCAGACAAAUUCCUGAAAGAGCUCUUGAAAGAUUGAAACUGUUUUUGCAGCGCCUUACGAUUGACAUGAAGCACAGUCCAGACUGGCAUGCUGAUGACGGAUUGAAUGAUGGCUUCAUUCAAUUGUUAACCCGCUGUGUACACCUUACGGCUUUUAUUUUGCGCGCACCGAGUCAAUUUGACCCGGAUAAACCCCUAGCGCCUGUCACAAACUAUCUUGAAUCAUGGUCACCGACGAGUCUUUUCGAUGCGCUUCAUCUUUCUACGAUCUCCGACCUUGUGAUUGACACUUGCGGCUCCGAGUUUCAAAGUGGAGUGCAUGUCUGUCCUCGAAUUGCGCUCAAAAUUCCUUCGCUACGAUCUAUUCGCUUAAGGAUGCAUAACAUCUGUCCUCGUGUACUUGAGCUCGAGCGCGAUUCAAAGAUCGAGAGUAUCAUCAUCAACCUUAGUCUCAAGGAACCCGAUCGCUUCCAUGCAGGCUUUAGUCGCCACUGCACCGAGGUAAAGUCUGCAUAUGAACUAUAUGACGACAUGGUGAUGGCUGCCUCAAACGUCGCAAGAAGUCAACCUGGCAUUAAAAUGCUAAGAAUACUGUGUCACAAGCAUCCAUAUCUGGAGAUGAUGACUAGAGAUUGUAUCAAUGGGACUCAGAUGAUUUUAUCGGAUGAUAGUGAAGACUGGGGUGAUGAUGGGCUCCCAGAUCCAGACGAUGAGGAAAUUUCCGACCAGGACCUUUUUACAGCCGAUAGUGAGGAUGAAAGGCUAUAA